AUGAUGCGAUCACGAGUUAAAAAGAACACCAUGUUGUUUGUACUGAUUUUUUCGCUCACGGCUGGUUUCUGCUCUGCUAAGGACAACAAACCACCAGACACCAAGGUAACUAUAUAUCAGAUAUUGCCACUACACAUUUUUUUUUUAUUACAGUUAGUUAACAUAUAAUACGUAAUUUCUAGUUUUCUCUAUAAACUAACAUUAUUUAACUGUAAUAAAAAAAAUGUGUAGUGGCAAUAUCUGAUAAACUAACUAAAUCAGUCUGAAGGUUGAUUAAGAAGACUACCAAAUUCAAACAAAAAAUUGAGAUGGUAUCAUUACUUGUACAACCUCGAUCACUAUUUUGAGAAGAGAGACAACAUUUUCACGUUUUAAACAAUCAAAAUCAACAAUUUUACAAAAACAGCUUCUUUACUGGAAAAUAAAUUUCUUUUUCCAAAAUCACAAUUGGCGAUAACAUUUAAAAAACCCAAUUAAAACUCGGAAAAUUAAGGAACUGCUUCCUGGCCUGGAUUGAAACGCUAGAUGACAGGUGAAAUUGUGAGGCGCUACUAGCAGUUUGUCACUGACUUUUUCUCUCUUUGGCAGCGUGUUCAAUCUUGUCCAUCUUGUAAUAAUGGUGGACAAACCGGGAUGUGGACAUACAUGACAUGUAUCCCAGGAGCCCCUGGGGCAUCUGGUCGAGAUGGAGCCAAAGGAGACCUCGGCAGCCCGGGGAAAACUGGGACCCAGGGACCACGAGGUGCUGACGGAAAGAAAGGAGCAAAGGGAGAGCCUGGGAUCCAGGGUUCCGCCGGACAAAAAGGACAGCGAGGGGCCAAAGGCGACAGUGGAACGCCACGAUUGGCUUCACAUUUGAACUGGAAGGAGUGUGCUUGGAAAAAGGGAUACGACACAGAUUCAGGACUGAUAUAUGUAAGUGCGGGUCGUCACUGUGAUACUCGAGUUUAAUAAUAUUCUAUUAGCUCGAAGCAAUUAAUUUUUAUUGAAAUGAUUCAUUGCUAUAAUUCUUUAGCCAGCACGCAGUCAGCGAUGAUGAUGGCUGCGUCUUUUGAAGCUACGUAGUUUUGUGUUAAGGCUGGGCGAUAAUCGGUUUUAUUACACUGUGUCCUUCUCUGUUAUUAAUUUUUUUGCUAACCUUAUGUACAUGAAUUUUUUGGUCGAACACCUUGUAUUAAUUAAUAUUGUACAACUGAUGUAUUAUUUUUUUGUAGACUGGAGUAAAUAAAAAUAAACUACAAUACGAAUGCUGUUUCUUUAUAUCUCGUUUAGAACUGUGACUUUGUGAAGAAAUACGCGGACACUUCCCUCCAUGUCUACUAUGCUGGUGUCCUCAGGAUUUACAACUGUAACGGCUGCUGUAGUCGUUGGUAUUUCACCUUUAAUGGAGCCGAGUGCAGCUCUCCUGGAACUAUUGACGGUGCAUUCUACAUGGCAACAGGCAGAAACCACGAUCUUCACCGUCACCGCCACAUUGAAGGUCACUGCAAUAACAUUCAGAAAGGAAAGGUGCGAGUGGGAUUCUCGGUUGGAAAAUGCGUCACAGUACAGAAGCUUGCUGACGCCUGGACUGGUUGGCAUUCAAUGAAUCGUAUCUUUAUUGAGGAAGUACCGAAAGCUCAGCAGUAA